AAAAAUAAAUAAAGAAAUAAAUAAGUAGAAAAGCCCAAAACCCUCCUUCUACCCUGAUUCGCUUCCAUUUCUGCUGUGUGUUGAUCGACAUGAACGCAGUCGCAAUGAGAUUCCUCAACCGUUUCAGAAUUUCUUCUUCAAAUUUUCCCACAACUUCAUUUGUGGCAAGCCGACAAACAAGCUGGAAGUUGUGGUUAUCCACCGAUGCUUCUGAAAGUGACGUAGAUGUUGAGAAGAACAAUGGAGAAGAAGAUGAAUAUGAUCAAUUUUUUAAUGAAAAGGUCGAAUUACAGCCCCAGGGUGUGGAUCCCAGGCGAGGUUGGGGAUAUCGAGGCGUACAUAAGGCAAUAAUUUGUGGAAGAGUUGGGCAAGCCCCUGUGCAGAAAAUCUUGAGAAAUGGGCGCACGAUAACAAUCUUUACUGUUGGAACGGGCGGGAUGUUUGACCAACGAAUUGUUGAAGCAAAAGACCUGCCAAGGCCUGCUCAGUGGCAUCGUAUUGCUGUGCAUAAUGAACCACUUGGUGCUUAUGCAGUUCAACAACUUGUUAAAAACGCAUCGGUUUAUGUUGAGGGCGACAUUGAGACCAGAGUCUACAAUGAUAGCAUUGGUGGUGAAGUGAAAAAUAUUCCAGAAAUAUGUGUUCGACGCGAUGGGAAGCUUCGCCUUUUAAAGCCCGGAGAAAGUGCCAGCAAUAUUUCUCUGGACGAUUUAAAAGAAGGAUUGUUUCAGAACGAGACAUCACCUGUUUCCGAAAACCUCAGUUGAAGUUUGUGUAGCUUUGUAAUUUGAGCACGAUAGAGAGAGAGGCUUUUAGCCAUUUAACGAUUUAGCCAUAGUUGAGUACUGAACCACCAAGCCCUCAUAAUCUCUUCCUGUCAUUGCUUAUUAACAUUGUAGUAUUUUUCUUCUUCAAGGCUUUAAGCCAGUUUUGUGUUGGAUUGGCAAGGGAAUAUUCUAGGUUCACAAAAAUUGUCACUCCUGAUGCCUUUAAUCUUCUUCAAAUGCAUUCCUAAAAAUGAAGGCAUCAUAAUUUUGAAUUCUACAGAUUAAACUAGUUCAAAACAGUCUUGUAACUGUUCAUUGUUAAGGCUUGUUUGAUAACACUAACACUUAUCCCUAUAUAAGUGGAGAUUAUAACAA